AUGCCGAUUGGAGCACCAGUCGCUAUUGAGCCUCGCGGCUCUGUCGGCGGAUCGCGCGGAGAUUCCCACGCGAAUGUUCAUGUCCACGUGCCACGUGCUGAUUCGCGGCUUCUGAGCCACGUGGCCUUCGAGGCGGCAGAUGACCUGGACCUGGCCCUCCAAUCGCUCCACGCUCGCCUCAAGCCGCUUCUCGCUUCGGACAGCGAAGGCGACGUGCACAGUCAGUUGCAGGAAAUGGUAUCGGAAGGGGCGCAACAGCAUGCCGACGUGGUCAACGGUCUCCUCUACGCGAUCCUCACCGCGUCGCACAAAACCGGACCUCCUCCGUCGCCGUCGUCGCACACGGUUCCGGCCGCGGCGGUGCGACUGUUCGGAAUCCUGUGCUCCGUGACGCGCGAUCAUCAUACGUCGCUUCUAGCGACGCUUCAGCGAUUAGCGAGCGACAAGUGGAGUAAGCUUCAGGACCACGUGCGCUCGCAAGUCAUUUGGAUCCUCCGGCAGUUGGUUCAGCAAGCCGUUCAGGAAGCAGAAACGCUCUUUCUCUGCCUCUUCCGGCAGGUCUCUGGCGGCGAUCUUAGCGUGGGAAACGUGUGGCUAGCUCGGCAACUACUCGACGUCCUCCGUACCAACACGCAGUGGCUUUACACUCUCCCGAGUCUUCUCGCGCUCUCGUUAUACACGUUUCUUAGGCUUCUGCCUGACCAUGCGGUUAGUAAGGCGCCGGCCGUAGUAGAGCUGAAGCAGCAGGAGGUCGCAUUUUGCACGCAGCUGAUUAGGGAGCGGUUUCAGGAUUGUCUGGUGAUUGGUCGCGACUUAGUGCGCCUGCUGCAGGAUGUAGCGCUGAUUCCGGAGUUCGAGCCGAUUUGGAGGGAUUUGGUUCAUAGACCGGAGACUAUGGGCGCGCCCGGGUUUUCCGAUUUAGCUCAGCUGUACGUCGUGCGGACGCCGACGCGUUUCAUCACGUCGCGAGUUACGCCCGAAAUGGAGUCGCAGCUUCGCUUUCUUCUAGCACACGUGCGCAUGGGCCACCAGCGGCGCUACCAGACGUGGUUCGCCACCCGGUUUCUCGCCGCCCCGGAGAGCGAAUCCCUCGUGGCGGAUUUGAUUCGUUUUGUCUGCUGCUCGGUGCAUCCGACCAAUCAGGUGCUGCAGUCCGACGUGGUGCCACGGUGGGCGAUUGUCGGCUGGCUCCUCAAAUGCUGCAGAAGCUGCCACAUGGAGGCAAAUGCCAAGCUGGCGCUCUUCUACGAUUGGCUCUUCUUCAUGCCCAAGACCGACAACAUCAUGAACAUCGAACCCGCGAUGCUGUGCAUGGUCCAUUCCCUCCCCAAGUACGCCAUUAUGACCAACUCCCUCCUGGAAUUCCUCUUCCUCCUCCUAGACCACUACGACGUGGCGCACAGAGACUUAAUUCUCCGCGGGAUAUCCGCCUCGGUCGACAUUCUGGUCGGGAAGGGAGUCGUGCCUAGUCUCGAGCCGCUAGCCACAAGCGGGUUCAUUCCGACGAAGCUUCGCGAGCGGCUCCAGACGCUUUUUCCCGCGUAUUGCCGGCUCGACGCGUCUCCCCAUCGGUACUUACCCCCCUCGCCCCUGCAUGACCCGCACCACGCGGAAAGAGCUGCAGCGGCGGUAAUACCCGGGGGAGCGGGAGGGGCAGGGGGAAGAGGGGGGCAAGCGCGAGGGAGUGGGGCUUUGGCGAAGUCCCCAAGUCCGUCUCCCCCGCAUUUGGCAGCGGAGAGGGACAGCAUGGGGAAUAUUGUUGGCGGCGGAGCGGGGAUAAGGGCGGCGGAGGAGCAGCGGGGGAAGGAAGGGCAGGUGGCGGAAACGGGGGAAGGAGGCGCAGCAGGCGUUGGCACAAGCCGUCCUGUGGGUGGUUCUGUUGCCUCCGCCGCCGCCGGGAAGGGCGCGGUGGACGCAAGUGGGUCCACCGAUGCCGCUAGGGGUGGGGAAGAUGCGGAAAUGGGGGAAGCUAGCGCUGCAGGGGAAGACCAGGUUGGCGGAAAAGGCCCAGGCGGAGCGGAGAAACGAGGGAAGUCCGCGGAAGGAGCAGAGAUGGAAUCAGGGGAGCGCGGCGGAGGGGAGGGUGAGAUGGCGGAGGGAGGGAGAGGUAAAAGAGAGCGGAAGAGGAAGAGGGAGGAGAAUGAAGAGGGGGAGGAGGAGGCGAUGGAGAGAGGGGAGGUGGAGGCUGGGGAGGUAGAGGGAGGGGAGGUUGUUGAGGAGGAAGAAAAAGGAGAGCAGAGCGAGGAGCGAGAGGGUAUGGACGAGGAAAUGAAGGCUAUAGAGGGAAUGGUAAGGGGAAUGGAAGAAGCUGCGGCUGCAGGGGACGGGGCGAAGGUCAUCGAAGGGUUCAAGGCGUUCUUGGUGGCUUUAAGAGGCGAGUGCGAGCGGGAAGCUGAGGGCAAGGCGCAAGGGAAUUUGCACGGGGAACUGGAGGGCGGGCAGGAGAAGGAAAAGGAGGGCAAAGGGGAAGCUGGUCGGACGGCAGGGAGGACGAGGGAGGGGCGGCAUGUGGUGAGAGAGGAGCAACAGCAUGAGGAAGUCGCGGGGAAGGAACGGGCGCUGAUUUCCACUAGGGUUUCCCAAUGUCUCGCCAAAGUAGGCUUCCCUCUGUUCCCGUCCUUAGCCUCCCUGUCUCCUAAUCGGUUGAACGAGCUGCUGCUGUCGCUACCCCCUCUUCCUGCCACGGAAGGUGUUUCGAGGGACGAUAUCACUGGGGAUGGUGCUUCUGUAAAUGAUUCUUCUACCGGGCCUGGCAGGGGUGCGUCUGGGGAUGGUGCUUCUGGGGAUGGUGCUUCUGGAAACGGUUCUUCUACCGGGAAGGAGGCUUCUGGCAGGGGUGCUUCUGAGGACGGUGCAGCUGGGAACGGUGUAGCUGCUGGUGCAGUUGCUGGAACUCCAUACCCGUUUGAAGGCGCAGCGUUAUUAAGCUGGACCUCGACGUUGAUGGUUCUGCACGAGUAUGUGUUGCAGAAUGAGUUGCUGCGAGAGUGGAGGGUGGGUAGUGGGGAGAAAGGGGAAGAGAAUAAGGGGGAGCAGAGAGAAGAGGCGAAUGCGAUGGACCUUACAGGAGGGGAGGAGGGCCAGGGGAGUGGAAAAGGGAAAGAAGGUGGGGAGGAGGAGCAGGACGGUGAGGGGAGUGACAAGAAAAAGGGUGAAUAUGGCGGGGGCGACUUGAACUUCUUGCUGCCAGUAGAGGAGCUGCUUAUAUCGUGGCAUCACAUGGGCAAGCCCGUUACUGCCUGGCUGCUCUGCGUGGGUGCAGCAGCAGCGGAGAAAGAGCAACUGAGUGCGGCCGAUGCUCUUGCAGCAGCAGCAGCAGCCAGGGUAAGGAAUGAGAGCGAGGACACACCACCUGGUCUGGAAGUUGCCUCUGGCAGAGAAGAGAGUGGGAGGCAGCGAGGGGUCGCCAGGGUAACGAAUGACAGGGAGGAUACACAACCUGGUCCGGAAUUUGCCUCUGGCAGAGAAGAGAGUGGUAGGCAGCGAGGGGGCUCUAGGGAAAAGCCAGCGGCGGAAUGUUUGGGGCAGCAGGGGGGGAAGGAAGGCUUGGCGGAUGGAGGCACGGGGGUGCGAGCAGAGGUGGUUUUUGGUCUGUAUGAGCGGCUGGUUGGGCUGUGCUGGGGGCGAGAUGAGGAAGGGAGCAAUGGGGAGGAGGAUGCGAGGGAGGAGGAGGGGUGA